AUGACUCACCCACUAGUGAAGGCCUUUCAACAUGUCAUUUAUUUAUUAUCUCAUUUGAAAAGUUUAGGGUUUACAAGGAAAAAACAAAAUGCAUUGAAUUGCAAAUUGCUCUUUUUUGGUUUCUAAAACUUUGACUCUUUCAGCCCUAGCUGCCCCCUUGCUUUGCAUUUCAUGAAUGAGAGUCUUGGAGUGGUUAGCUGUCAAAAACAUUUUUGAGAUGGCGUAGAAGUGCAAGCAAGCAAGAAAGAAACCCAAUUGUUAUUCAUACCAACAAGUAUUAGCUCAAAGGUUUAGUUCUAAGUACAAGGGUUUAGGUGAGAAUUAGACCAAAGGCUGGUUUGAAUAUUGACCUUUCAGAAUGUCAAAUGAAUUUCAUGUGAUCAAUUUGAUGAAUUAUUAAAUUCAUGAAAUGUACCCACAUUUAUUUUUAUAAAAAUAUAAAUCUCAAAACGAAAUAACUUUCCUUUAAAAAAUAUAGUAUUGUAGAAAUUGAUCAUAAAGGACACUGAAUCAAAGGGAAGAGAACACAUACACAAGGCCAAGUAUUUGUGAUUGAACCAACUUCAAUCUAAGCUAGAGUUAAAUGAUGUGUGUGUGUGUGUGUGUGUGUGUGAGAGAGAGAGAGAGAGAGAGAGAGAGAGAGAGAGGGGUUAGGGGCAUGAAUCCCCAAAUACUUCCCCCAUUGAGAUCCCGCCCUCGCGGGGUUGGACGGAGGCCACGGGGCGGGGAUAGAAAUGAAACCAGCCGAGGGCCAUACUUAUGGGCCUCUUUUAGAGGCUCCUUGGGCCAAAGGCUUCCCAUAUGGGCUCAUCCCGAAGCGAUUCCAUAAAGCUCGUCGCCCUACCCAUUCUGCGCCUCAUUAUCCGCUUUCCCCCUUCCAUCCAGAGCAGGCCAGAGGCCGGUCCGUCGACGCCGCCAUGCUCCGGCGGAAGCCCAGCAAGAUCGAGGUGAAGGCGGAGGACCGCGACGAGCUCGAGGACGCCAUCCGCGCCCGUCACUGUACCCCCGCUUCCUCCGCCGCCGCCUCAGCCACCUCUUUGCUCCAGUCCCUGCUCGUCAAGAAGCCCACUCUCCAGCCCGCUGAGAAGGCCCAGAUCAUCGGAAUCUCCCAGGGACCCUGA